AUGACAUUAACAUUACGUUCAUCAACCUCUCUUAUCAACCUAAAAGACUCAAAAAGUCCUGGAAACCCAGAAAUUUCAUCGGUAGCCCACUUUGCAAAAAUGAAACCACCGACACCCCAUCUCCGAAUAAGGAGCUCAAUCGAGGAAGUGAAGUUUUCCCGUGAUAUGACCUUCACCCCAGAAGGUAGAACCACCGGGAGAUGGGAAAAGCUCCAUACUUUACCACACAUACACGACAUGAACGGGUCUAGUGUUUCGGUAUUUGUCAUGCUGCCACUAGACACCAUAACAAUUUCAGGAAAUCUGAACAAACCAAGGGCGAUGAACGCCAGUUUGAUGGCCCUAAAAAGUGCAGGCGUCGAUGGGGUAAUGGUGGACGCUUGGUGGGGAUUGGUGGAGAAAGACGGGCCUCUGAAAUACAACUGGGAAGGGUAUAAUGAGCUUAUCCAGAUGGUUCAAAAGCAUGGUCUAAAACUCCAGGUUGUUAUGUCCUUCCAUCAAUGUGGAGGGAAUGUUGGAGACUCUUGCAGUAUUCCUUUACCUCCAUGGGUGCUUGAAGAAAUCAGUAAGAACCCUGAUCUUGUCUACACAGACAGAUCUGGGCGAAGGAAUCCUGAGUAUAUCUCCUUGGGCUGUGACUCUGUGCCGGUUCUAAGAGGACGAACACCUAUCCAGGUCUACACAGAUUACAUGAGGAGUUUCCGUGAAAGAUUUAGAGACUAUCUCGGUGGAGUCAUCGUGGAAAUCCAGGUGGGAAUGGGACCUUGUGGAGAACUAAGGUACCCGUCGUAUCCAGAAAGCAACGGGACAUGGAGAUUUCCCGGAAUUGGAGAAUUUCAGUGCUAUGACAAGUAUAUGAGAGUCUCACUUCAAGCAUAUGCUGAAGCGAAUGGGAAAAGUGACUGGGGAAAGACUGGACCCCACGAUGCGGGAGAAUACAAGCAACUUCCUGAAGAUACUGGUUUUUUCCAGAGGGAUGGUACGUGGAAUAGUGAAUAUGGGCAGUUUUUCCUAGAAUGGUACUCUGGGAAGCUACUGGAACAUGGAGAUAAAAUCCUAGCAGCAUCAAAAGGGAUAUUCCAAGGGACUGGAGCAAAGCUAUCAGGGAAAAUAGCUGGAAUUCACUGGCACUACAACACAAGGUCACACGCCGCUGAACUGACAGCUGGGUACUACAACACAAGAGAUCAAGAUGGUUAUCUGCCAAUAGCUCAGAUGCUUGGUAAACACGGAGCUGUGCUCAACUUCACUUGCAUGGAAAUGAGAGAUGGAGAACAACCUGACUGUUCGAACUGCUCACCGGAAGGAUUGGUCAGGCAAGUCAAGACCGCAACAAGGAAGGCUGGAACAGAACUGGCAGGGGAAAAUGCACUGGAAAGGUAUGACGCAAGUGCAUUUAGACAAGUUGUAGCAACGAGUAGGUCUGAUUCUGGAAACAGGGUAGGGGUAGCCGCUUUUACAUAUCUAAGAAUGAACAAAAGGUUAUUCGAGGGUGAAAACUGGCAACAAUUUGUGGAGUUUGUUAAGAACAUGAAGGAAGGAGGUCACUACGGCAGACUAUCAGAACAUGACACCAGCAAAAGCGAUCUCUACGUGGGAUUCAUAAGAAGCAAGAGCACUAACAGGGUCAAGGAGGCAGCUCUAGUGUAAUUAUUAGAUAGUGAAAUAUAAAGAGAAAGCAAUAGAGAAACAAGGGCUCAAAAUCGUGGUCUUGAAGAGUUUAUUUGCCCGAUACUGUACUAGGUUGAAGCUGAAGAGAAAGGAAAACAAAAUUUGUCUUGAACAGUCGUCAUUGUACAUCAGAAAAUCUCAUCUCAAUUGAGAUUCAUUCUUGUUUUCAA